UAAAACGAUAGCGCAGUCUUAUAUUUUGUUUCUUAUAUUGACUCAACGUGAGGUUUUCAGGAGUCGCGAGGAGGGAGGCGCAGGCGCUGUACGGUAGGAGUGACUGAGGUGAAUUAUCACGAGCUCUCAGCUCAUAGGCAACGAGAUAUUUACUCAAAACGCGCUUGACAUGUUUGAUCAAACAAUUAAACGAUUACUAAGGUUUCUGGGUUAAGAGUAAAAGAUGAAGAUGGAUCUUUGAAGAGCAGGACGUCUUUUCUGUCGUAAAGGUGGGCAUACACGUGUACGCAGGCGGUAAGCGCAUCUUCAAGAUGCACAGCAACUGGAAGACGACGAAGCUGCUUGGAGUUAUGAUCAUAGCCAACUUCCUUAUCUACUUUCUGGUGGAAGUGGCCCGAAACCACGGUCAUAACGACCACAAUGACCACAACAACAACAGGCAGCGAAAAACCACACGCAACGAGUUCUGGCAAAAGCCAGGGGCCACGGCAGCAAUCUGGAACCGUCAGCAGCAACGUCUGGAUGACAUCUACUUCCUGCCCCUUGCCAACGGCAGCGAGUCCGUCCACAACUUUCCUGGAAUCCCUAAUUGGAUGAAUGCGAGUCACGUGGGUUCCUGCCAGCCAGACAAUACAGUGAUGACGCAAAUAAAAGACUUUAAUUUACUUCCGCAGCGCUUUAAAGACUUCCUGCUUUACAUGGGCUGCAGGUCGUUCCCGCUGAUAACGAAAGCACCCAACGUGUGUUCGGAAGCACCUUUCCUCUUGCUCGCCAUCAAGUCUAUUGCACCACAUUUCGAUCGACGGCAGGCCAUCAGAGAGUCGUGGGGUCGUGCGGGUCUUCUUGACAACCGGCGCAUCGCCACAGUGUUCCUACUUGGGAACACCGCCGCAACGGACCACUUUCCCGAUUUGUCGGACAUGGUCAGGCAUGAGGCCGCAUUACACGGCGAUGUGUUGCAGUGGGAUUAUCGCGACUCUUUCUUUAAUCUCACUUUGAAGGAAGUGCUUUUUCUGGAAUGGUUUGCCACCAGUUGCUCCUCCGCCCAGUUUGUCUUCAAAGGCGACGAUGACGUUUUUGUUAACACGCGUCACCUGCUGAACUACCUGGGUAAUUUUACGGCAUCCAGCACAAGAGACCUCUUCAUUGGAGAUGUGAUCACCAAUGCUGGACCUCACCGGGACAAAAAGCUCAAGUAUUAUAUUCCCGAGAGCGUCUUUGUGGGGGUUUACCCUCCGUAUGCUGGUGGGGGAGGUUACCUGUACUCCCGUAAUCUAGGGUUGCGAUUAAGAGCUAUCUCCCGAUUGGUCACAUUGUUCCCGAUCGAUGAUGUGUACACUGGGAUGUGUCUGAGGAGGCUGGGUUUGGUCCCAGAGAAACACGGUGGCUUUAAGACUUUUGGCAUUGAGGAGAAAAACAAAGACAACAUAUGUGCUCAUAAAAGUUUAAUGCUGGUGCAUCCCAGGAGCCCACAGGAGAUGAUUAACAUCUGGUUUGGUAUAAAUGACCCUAAAACACAAUGCGAGUGACCUUAAUGAAGACAAUGGUUUUUUUAUUUAAAAUAACGAAAUAUUUUUUACAAAACCAAGACUGCUAACAAGUAUUAAAGAGAGUAAACGGGUCAAUUUUAAUUUCAUGUUUACCUUAGUCUUUGUAAAUAACUUUAUUUAAAGGUCAUUCAGUCAUGGCCUUGCAUCACAAACACAACGCACUGUGAUAGAUUGCCGAUAAAGGUUUCAUGAGACUGUAAUUUUAUUUUCAUGUAGAGAUGUUCACCGUCAUUUCCACAGUAUUUAUGUGUAUAUAGUACUGUAAACAAGUCUUAGGCCACCAUUACAGUUGUUGUUUUUGCGAUGGAAUAUCGACCAUAAAUUUGACCCUGGUCCACAAAACCAGUCAUAAUGGUUAUCUGAAAUCGGUAUGGUUUGUUAUGAUAGGACAAUAUUCGGUUGAGAUACAACUAUUUGAAAAUCUGGAAUCUGUGGGUGCAAAAAAAAUUUAAUAUUGAGAAAAUCGCCUUUAAAGUUGUCCAAAUGGAGUAGCAACACACAUAAUUAAUGAUAAAUAAAAAUAAUUAAAUAUAUAUUUUGUGUACAAAAUAUCUUUAUUGAACAUGAUCUGCACUUAAUAUCCUAAUGAUUUUUGGCAUAAAAGAAAAAUCAAUAAUUUUGAGGCAUACAGUGUAUUGUUGGCUAUUGCUACAAAUAUACUCGUGCAACUUAUGACUGGUUUUGUGGUACAACCAGAAAAUACAGGAAAUUUGUAUGCAGGAUUAAAAAACAGACUUAAAUUAAGCUCAAGUGUUUAGUGUGAGCUCCUCUUAAAUUUGAGCAAUAGAAGGAAACCAUUUAAACUUAAAUGAAAUCCUGAUUUCUUAUUCAAAUCAAAUGACUUCUGUACUUAAGUCUCUUCGAAAGAUGUGCUUAGUGUCAAGAGAGGCCACACUAAAUAUUGACUUUUGCCUGAAGGAUCUAUUUUGUUAUGAAAAUUGUGGUGCUUUUUACAUUUGGUGUACAUAUUUGUUGUAUAUACUGUUUCCAUCUUAAUAAAAGGGAGUGAAAAAUUAGUGUGGAUGAUAAUUUAAACUUUGCUAAAACAACAACGCUGGAGAUACCCCAAGACUUUUACAUGAUCCUGUAUGUCUGUGUGGAAAGAUGUGAGUCAAAGAUUUGCUGUUUGACUUCUAGCGUAAACACCUCACACAACUCAUAUCAAUUCAAUGAUGAUAACAGCUGUUUUAUUACUCGUGCAACAACCAUAUAAGCUUUCUGAAGUUCAAAGUUUGUAUAAUCAUUUUACCUCCAUAUGGAGAGAGGAUAAGAUGUGAAGUUUGACCCCUAAAGAAGGAAGUAGUCUUAAAAAGUUGAGUUAAUAAUUUAAUUUAAUGUUUUGUAUUUUGUU